AUGGAGAUGAAUUUCGCAAGUUUCAAGGCAUUCUCCGAUUUAAAGAAUUUGUGUAGAACAUUGAUUCAAAAUCCGAAAGAUCACGAGAGCAUUGGAAAGUUGAAUGAUCUUAUUAAAGACUCACCGAAGUCGUUCGUUAAAGUUAUACAGCCAACGGUUCUGUCUACCUUUUAUCCUGUUUUGAAGAGCAUUUCAGAAAAUAAACAUAGUUUCAGUUCUAAUGAAAAACAACGAAUAAUCGAUGUUUUGCAAAGUUUAUUCGAAAAAUCCGUAAUAGAAAAUAUCGGACUCUUCUUUAACGUAUACGCAUUUCUCCUUUUUGAAAUAUAUGACCAUACCGAAGAAAAACUAUUGCCAGUUCAGGAAGAUUAUAAAUUUAGCAUAAUAGAGUGCACAAAAUCCUUAGUACAAGCAGUAUCUUCGGAAAUAAUAUUAGAAUUAUACACUAAAGCGAACGCCACGAAACUCAGCCCGAUGCUUUAUGUGGCUAUUGAUAUUGCCAAAAAUGAACAAUUAAAAAAAUUAAGGAUAUCCGCUAUAGAAUGCAUAAUGUGCUUCGCUAGGGUUUACACUGAUGAUGAUUUCAACGAUAUUGUGGUAUCGAAGCAAAUUGCUGAAGUAUUUCUGUUCUUUCUUCCGGGUAUCACGAGUGGCCUAGCGAAAAUCGCAUUGGAAGACGAAAAAAUUGGCCACAAAAUUCCCGCUGUAUCCCUCAGAGCCUGGGCUAGAAUUGUCGCCCUUCUAAUGCAAAACUACAAUUCCCCCGACAUUAUCUCGGAUAUUUCAAAUCUAAAAAUCCAUCCGGAUGAAUUGGACGUAGAAAAGAAACACUCAAAGAAAUUCUCGAGUAAAAAAGAAGUCGAUGAGUACAUAAGCAAUGGUAAAAUUUCCCCGAAAUGGUAUAGUGAGACUGACAAAAAGUUACAAGGGAUGAUUGUCGAGUUUAAGAAAUUGGCACAUCACUCACACGAGAAAGUUCGAUUAAGCCUAACAGAGUUGUGCAAAAUUAUACUGGAGAAGUGCUUGGGAACAAUGCCACUAUCGUGCAGCCAUUUAAUAGAAAUUGUCAUUGCGCUUACAGAAGACGAAGAUCACAAUAUUUCAAACGAAAACCAUGUUAUUUUACAAAAUUUAUCGAGCAGAUUUUCAACUGAAAAGUUGAAGGCCUUGCUAGAGAAUCUAGAGGAAGGAUUCAUCGAGGGAGUGAAUUCCCUUCCUAGAAAAUUUAAUGGAAUUGAUAAAAGGGAGCAGGUGGCUUCGAUAAAUCUACUCAUGGGAUAUUUAAAAUUAUUCGGAGAACACAAGCUCAAUCAAGUGUUGUUGCCUGCCAACCGUUUAAACAAUUUAUUGACGACUAUUAGCCAUAUUUCUGAGCUGGAUAGAAAAUCGACUGGAUUAAUAGAGGAAUAUCCUUUGAAAGAUUUGAAUCAAAGUGUUAAUUCCAAGACGCCCUGGAAGAAAUUCGUUCGAUUCAAAGACGAGCUUCUGGGGAAGAAAAUUGAAGAUUUAUGCAAUUUAUUAGGUAGAUUUAGUUCGUUGAAAAUGGUCUGUGAUUUUUUGUUGGAUGUAAUAAUCGAUGAUCGACAUCAAAGAUGCGAAGCUAUUUUUAUUUUAAACGGUGUUAUAACAGGUAUAAAUUCGAGUAGCGUCGAUAAGGAAAUUAUAGCAGAUAUUAUCGAGACUUACACAGAUGAUGCCUUUCUGCAAGUUCCUCUAGCUGUAAAUGAAAAUGUAACAUUGGCAGAAGUUCAAAAUAAUUCUACACAAGUGUGCCUUUUAAUCGAGGGAAUUGGGAACGUAGCGGCUCUCCUCAAAGAGGAUUUUAAGACAUUCAUGCUGAAAACUUUGCAUAUUUUGUUAGAGAAAGCAGGUAGUAACAAUUCAUUGGUACGUUCAGCGGGGAUUUAUUCCUUGAAAAUUGUAUCGAGAUCGUGCCAGUACGAGGAUAUUGAAGAUUUGAUCAUCAAAAAUAUAGAUUAUUUUACUUACCACAUAGAAAGAAAACUUAACAAGUCUGAUGGUAAAAACAACGUUUUUAUCAUAUUUUCCGUAGUUCUUAAAUAUAGCAGUAUUGAAGUUUUACCAUACUUAGCACAUACUAUACAAGAAGUUUUAGUGCAGUCCUGUGAUAGAUACAAAGAAAAUAAUAUCGAUGCUUAUCUCGAAGUUUUCCGAAUAUUUAUUAAAUCGUUGAAAUCUUGGUUAAAAAUCGAUAUUAAAGAAGAGUGUUUUAAAACGAGAGAAGAAAAAAGACGAGAAUAUGAAGAGUUUAAAGUUACCGGUGCAAAUGAAACUGUUGAUAUAUCUGACGAUGAAUUUGAGGGAAAAACAGCGGAAGAAAUGUACGAGGAGGACAGAAAAAAGCGGGAAUUAGAAGAAGAAAUAGACGAAGAACCUGAAGAGAAUCUCUAUAAAAAGCCGGACCCUCCGUUGGAAAUAAAACUUGCAGUUGCCAUUCUAAAGAGGAGCUUGCAUUUUCUUCCUUCGAAAGACAAACAAAGAAAAUUGUUGGUAUUAGAGAUUCUGGCAGACGGGCUGGAAUUGAUUCGAGAUUGGGAAGACGAGCUCCUGCCCAUCAUACACCUGAUUUGGUCUCCUUUGGUGCAACGUUUCAAGGACUACAACGAUCCUGUUACCAUCAAUUACAGUUUUCAGCUUUUGGUAACAAUGGCUAGAUUGUCGAAGGAAUUUAUAAGGAUGAGGACAGUAAAGGAAGUAUUGCCGCAUAUUUUGGAAUUUUUGGAAGGUAGUUCAAAAAGCAGUUACUUAAAGGACAAGGGAUCAGCGUACAGAUAUUCGCAAAUUUAUAAACUUCAAAUUAAAAUUCUAGAAAAUUUAGCAAUGGUAGUCAUCAAUUUGGAUGUAGAUGAUACGACGUUCAGUAAAGUGUCGUCUUGCGUUUAUUUAUAUUUGAGCAAUAAACAGCCCAUUCCGCUGCAGGAAGCUGCGAUCAAAUGCCUCAAGGUGAUCGCUAAGUUUGAUCCUGUAUUAUUUUCAAAAUGUCUACAAUGCUGGAACGUUGAUAAAAAUGGCGAAUACGAAAAAAAUAUUAACACCCUAAUUGAACUAGACUCAAUUUCGCUGUCUCUGAAUUGA